GUUUUUAAUUUGCACUACACCGGUGCAGGGCUACACGGAUGCAUGAAUAAACGAACAAAAAUGACGAAAACAUAAACAGUAACCAUUGACUACCAUAAACGAUUCCAUUGCACAGAGCUACACCAAACUUUUGAUGAGUGCUACACCAGUGGUAUCGGUGCAGAAAAAGUGUAGCACUGGUGUAGUGCAAUUGGCAAAAACGAACGGUUUCAGUGCAGCUUUCGCUACACCGGUGUAGUGCAAUUUAAAAACGAAAACGACAUAAGAUUAAACUACUCUAAAAUAAAAAUUAAUAGUACAUUACAGUGAUAUGAAGACCACACCGGCCGUGAAUAGUGCGAAGGUCUUUUCAAUCGAGCUACAUUCCGGUUUGUUUUUGAACACAUCUUUCGAGUAUAGUCGUACGUCAAAACGAACAAAACGUAAAAGCAUAGUAGGCAGUUCCAGUACUUCAAGUAUUAGUUCUAUUCUUUGUUCAAGUAUGGGAUUUGACUACUACGCUAUACUGGACAUUCCCAGAGAUGCCUCCGAUGUUGACAUUCGUCUAGCAUAUCGCAAAUUGGCCGUUCGUUGCCAUCCGGGAAAUGAUUUUCAUUACCCUCCUGCCUUACCGUUCCCGACUAUGUCACGAGAACAAUAUUGGGAGUUGUUGAAUGAAGCCUUCGAUGUUCUCUCUAAUUCCCUACGAAAGCGCAUUUAUGAUAUAUACGGUGAAGAAGGAUUAAAAUCAGGAGUGGUUACACCUCAUGGAUUUCAGGAAGCCUACGUUUUUUCAAACGACUGCAUGAAAAUCUAUAAGGAUUUUUUCGCCACUUACUCUCCGUACGGAGAUCUUAUCGAUGCGGUAACCAAGCCACCUCCGUUGUGUCUAGACGACAGAACAACCGUCAAAGUGAAAGGCCCCGACAUGGAGGAAUUCGUGGACCUUGAGUUGGAAGAAAUAUUCCACGGAACAACGAAGAAAAUGCAGAUCCUCAGAGAGGAGUUCGUCGACGAAACCCAGGUGGAAACGGUGCUAGUGGAAGAAACUGUCCGUGUUCCCAUUCAGCCGGGUGUAACCAGCGGAACAAAGAUUCGCUUCGAAGAAGCCGGUGAUCGAAACCCGAAAAUCAUCCCAUCGGAUAUUGUGUUUGUGGUGAGAGAAAAAGAUCAUCCAUUAUUUAGCAGGGAUAAAGCAGAUUUACACAUGAUUAUGCCGAUCACGUUGAAACAGUCGCUAGUGGGAUUUCCACUGAAAAUUGUCGGCAUUGAUGGCAGACAGCUUAUGACGGAGGUCGUAGAUGUGGUACAUCCUGAGUACACUAAAAUAUUCAAAGGCGAAGGACUACCAAAAGUGGACAGUACUAAGGUUCCAAAACCACGAGGGGAUCUCUGUGUUUCCUUCAAAAUCGACUACCCCGAUUUUAUUCCAAAGAGAAUAAGAGAACAACUGAAGGAAAUUUUUGAUGACCUAUACUCCAUCGAAAAGCCUUGUGUUUGAAGCAAUGGG